AUGAACCUGACGGGUACAAUCUCUCCCAAGUUUGCGGAUAUCACAUCACUCUCUCUGCUUGAUCUUUCGCACAACAGUCUUACCGGAACUAUUCCCUGGGAGCUCACCAAGCUGAACAUGUUGUCAGUUCUGGAUCUUUCCUACAAUCAGCUUCACGGGAAAGUUCCGCAAUUCAAGACGAUAGCUCCAAAAACUGAAGGGAAUCCGGGGAUUAACACGACCAACAUUUUUGUUCCUUCACAUACAAGUAACAAGAAAAAAUCAGUCAUACUGGGACUUCUGAUCAGCGUUUUGGUUGUUGGUCUGCUAAGUAUUGGAGGAGGGUUUGUCGCCCUCUUUCUUCAUAUGAGAUUGAAGCGGGCUGAUAGGCAAUCAGAGCCGAAUGAAGAAGCCUUGAUUCUCAAGGAUGCUACGAACGACUUCAGCCAUAUCAACAUUGUUGGGAGAGGCGCUUUCGGAGUAGUGUAUAAAGGCAAACUCCAGGAUGGGAUAGAGGUUGCUAUAAAGAGGAUGGAACAGCCUGUCAUAGGUGGGAAAGGCGCUGAUGAUUUCAGAUCCGAGGUUAGAGUUCUAACCAAGGUACAUCACCGUAACCUUGUGACUCUUCAUGGUUACUGCCUCGACGGAAACUACGGCAUGUUGGUUUACGAGUACAUGCCGCAGGGGACGCUAAGCAGACAUCUUUUUGACUGGAAGGACCAAGGAUUGAGACAACUCGACUGGAGUAGACGCCUCUCUAUUGCGUUGGAUGUGGCUAGAGGAGUUGUGUAUCUCCAUACCCUGGCGCGUCAGAGUCAGAGCUACAUUCACAGGGACCUGAAACCCUCGAACAUCCUUCUGGGAGAAGAUUCGCGCGCCAAAGUUUCUGAUUUCGGUUUACUCCGGUCUACAGAAGAAGGCAGAGAAUCAAUCCGAACCAAGUUUGUUGGAACAUUCGGUUAUAUCGCACCGGAAUACACAAUGACGGGAAGGGUCACUAGAAAGGUUGAUGUGUACAGCUAUGAAGUUAUUCUAAUGGAGCUUUUAACCGGCCAAAAAUGCAUAGAUGAGGCUCGAUCCAAAGAUGAUACUCACAUAGCGAUUUGUUUCAGGAAGAUGGUGUUUGAGAAAGAGUCAUUAGCAAAGGUAAUUGACGACUUCAUUGAGUUCGACGAAGAGACUCAAAGAAGCAUCCAGGAAGUAGCUGAACUCGCAUGUCACUGCUGCACCAAGGAACCAGAGCAGAGGCCAGAAAUUACUCAUGUUGUCUCUGUCCUUGUGUCGCUUGUUGAGCAAUGGGAACCCAACAUUGAGCUCAAAGUCGAAAAGGACAAAGAUAUAAACAAGAUAUAUCAGCAGGAACUUGCAAGGAGAUGGCAGAUUGAUUUGGAGGCAAGUAGCAGUUGUUUGAGUUGA